UGGAAAGGCUACCUAAAUAUCUUGUGCUCUCACCCCCAUUCACGGGCCACGCUCUGUGUGUGCGCACGACCUACAUCUCCUCGGGCCUCUAGCCAUGGGUGUGCAAGGGCUCAAGACCGUGUCAACGGCACGAAACGGCAUAGGCGCCUACAUCCUGCAGUGCACGCGCCUGCACCUGACGUACUCGGACCACUGGGCGUCGUCGACGGGGCUGAAGUCGCUGCUCGCGUCGCCGGCCUUCUCGUCGCUCACGCACCGCUACCCGAGCGUGGAGUUCCGGAUCUCGCCGCGCCCGAACCGCCACCCGGUCCUCAAGGCGCAGUACUGCAACGGGCGGUCCAAGGCCAUCUGCGUCAAGAACAUGGCCCGCGAACAGGUGCUGGAGAAGGCCGAGUUCCUGCUCGGCAACUCGGGCGAGAGGAACGUCCUGGUCAAGGGCAGGAAGGUUGUCAGCGCCAACGAGGCCGUCAGGGGCAUGUGGAGUCCCAUGCACGGAGGCAUCAAGCGGAUUUGAGCAGCUCUUUUGGGGAGACCUGGUGCUUGACCUUCGAGCUUCGAGCUUCGAGCUUCGAGCCACUUGGAGGCCGGACGAGGGGACUUUGGGAGGGAUCGGCAAUAUGGGCUCAUCUUGUGUCCUCUCGUCGUUGCAAAGGAGGAGGGCGGCUCGAAGAGAUGGGGAACGGCGAAAAGGUCAAGCGAACAGGGAGAAAAGCGUUGCCCUGCGCGUCAGAUAAUGGGUACAGGACAAAGUGUUACACCACGACGCCGACGAGGGACGGUCAUCACAUAUUGGCAAAACAAUUGGACGAGUCUCGCGGUCUACAUCUUUCGAAGAGCGAGGAGAAGCAUUGAACAAGCCAACACAGGCUCGUGUUCGGGAAAGAUUACAAAAACCGUGGCCCUUUGACGCUGGGACGGUCGCCGUUAUGACCCAUAAUCCGAAACCGAAAGCCGAUGCCGGCAAUUGGAAGACGUUUGAGAUCUCAGUGGGUGAGACUCGACGAAGGUACGGGAAUAUCGAGUCGCUGCGAGCGACGCGACAAAUUCAAGCUUCAAUUUCCCCCAGACAAGCUUCGAACACAACCAAAUUUGUCGAGUAAAGCUGUUUUUUUGUCGACCAGAGAUGAUCCAGUCAGUGGUUGAAGAACCCGCGACGAAGCAUAGGGACAUUGCUGGCGAACAUCACUUGAUUUACCACAUAUGACCAAUAGUUACAAAUGCAUUCAGAGGGCAUCUAAAGCGUGCUCUGGCUGAUUCGACUCUGAUAUCUAUGCACCGACCCCCAUCAUGAACGUUGAAUUGUCAUUGGAAUGAUAAAAACUCCUCGAUCCUUCAUUAAAA